AUGAAACCAUACAUCGGUAUUCCGGCUGUUGCAGUACUCGUAUAUCGCGCGUGGUCGCGGAAAUCGCUCACCCCGCUGGGUCUCGUUGUCGCUGCCCUGACGGCCAGCGCCCACGCCCUCCAUCCAUGGGCCCUUCCCUUCGUCCUGUUGGGGGUGUUCUACUUCGGUGGCACCAAGGUUACCAAGGUUAAACACGACAUUAAAGCCCGUUUGACGCUUUCCGCGACCGGUUCGGAGGGCGGCGAGGGCCAGCGUACCCACAUCCAGGUCCUGGCGAACUCAGUCGUCGCUACAGUGCUUAUCAUCCUACAUACAUAUGUUCUCGCUGGAAAGUCUACCGGACAGAACGAUGCAACUCAGUGCUUUUCGAAUGGUCUCGAUGCGGCGGACUUGUUGGUCGUUGGGAUUAUCGCCAACUACGCCGCCGUCGCCGCCGAUACAUACUCGUCCGAGCUCGGUAUUCUUUCCAAAUCCAAACCUCGUCUGAUCACCUCCCCCACGUUUCGGGUCGUUCCUCCUGGUACCAAUGGCGGCGUCACAAGGACUGGACUCCUGGCGGGAGUGCUGGGCGCGUUCACAAUCGCGGUAACAUCUGCGGCCCUUCUUCCUUUCUGCCCUGAAAGCGAUAAUUCGUCAGCUCUGAAGAUCCGGGCUCAGUGGAUUCUGGCCGUGACGCUGUGGGGAGGCUUGGGCAGUGUGUUUGACAGUGUUUUGGGCGGACUGUUACAGGCUAGUGUGGUGGAUAAGAGGACCGGGAAGAUUGUGGAGGGCGCUGGUGGCCAGAAGGUCCUUGUUCACCCUUCUUCAACUAAACCCGGUGUCCCGGCUGAUACCACGGGUCUGAAGCCUGCAGGAUCAACUUCUAUUGCGCAUGUACGCGCUACAGAGGAGGUCGCUAAUACAGCGACCUUGAGAGGAAGCAGGGCUACUGGAACGUCGGCAGGGACAUCCGCGGGAGAGACUGCUGAACCAGGACACGAGAGCCGGCGCGUCGAGAGUGGAUGGGACCUAUUGGACAACAAUGCUGUGAAUGUUUUGAUGGCUUUCACCAUGAGUGUUGGGGCUAUGGGUGUCGCAAGUUGGGUCUGGGGUGUGGAUAUUUCCGAGUUGAACUUGUGGUAG